AUGACUGGUCUCAAAGGGUUCGUCAAUCUAGGCGCCACCUGUUACAUGUCUCUGAUUUUACAAACGUUCAUCCACAAUCCGUUGUUCAAAGAGUGUUUCCUCAACAAUGACUUUCACUACUUUCAUUGCGAGAAGAACAAGGCAUUUCUCAUUAGUCAACAGGUUGACGAGAACAAUGCAUGUAUCACUUGUGCUCUCGAUAACAUAUUUACGUCGUUUUACACGGCAACUCUGCACGAAGGGUUUGGACUCACCCACCUUUUACUGACAGCAUGGUACAAGAAAAAGCUGUUGGCUGGAUUCCAAGAACAAGAUGCCCAUGAGUUUUGGCAGUUCAUUUUGAACGAAUUGCACAGCGACCACGAACGGUUGGUUCGACAGCUGAAUAUCAAGCAAGAAGAGGAUAAUUCAAUUCAGAAGUGUUCUUGUGUGACCCACCGCACAUUUUUGGGUGAAUUGUCCUCAUCGAUCAAAUGUACAAGUUGUGGGAGCAUCACCAGUACCACUGAUCCGGUGCUUGACGUGUCAUUAGAAUUAAAAAAGGGGUCCACUACAUUAUACAAUUGUCUUGAUCUUUUCUGCAGAGAUGAGCCUUUGGAUGUUCCGUACACGUGUGAACUGUGUAAUGACAAGACCGAAGCCAUCAAACUGUUGCGACUCAAGCUGGUGGCUCCAGUGUUUUCCAUUCAACUUAAGCGAUUUAAACACCACCUAGACCUGAUUUCCAAGAUCGACAACCCUAUUGAGGUACCUCUCUACUUGGAGUUGGCCAAAUACUGCGAGAACCCCCAAGGAAAUUUAUUUUAUGAGCUCUUCGCCUUAGUUUGCCACACAGGGUCUGUACAUACUGGGCACUACGUGGUGAUUAUCAAAGGCGGCGAUGGGCAAUGGUACAAGUUCGAUGACAGUGUGAUCACCAUGGUGGACAAAGAGGAGGUAACGUCGACAUCAGCCUAUUUACUUUUCUACAUUCAGCGUCCACUUUAG